UUUUUCAUUGUCUCCCCCAACGAUGGAGGCUCUCGGUUUGAGUUUACUCGGAAUACUCGGAUCUGCUCGCCCGCCGUUCCUCGUGUGCGCCGAGUAAAUUCCACGUCCGGGGACGUCAAUUUCCCUUUUUCUUCCCUUCCCGUUUUCGCGCUGGAUUCCGCUACCCUCGCGCGAGUCGCCGGCUGAUGAUACGAAACGGUAUUAGUCACUCGAUGGAACUGGCGAUAUGACGGCUAUCUAAACAAGUGUGCCAAAGAGAGAGAGAGAAAGAGAGAGUGAAAAAGAUAAAUUAUUCUUUUGAACGGGAUAAUACGUCAAAAUGGACAGCAAGGGGAGGAAGAUCAUCGUCUGCGACAAUGGCACCGGGUUUGUCAAGUGCGGAUACGCCGGCGCCAACUUCCCUGCCUUUAUAUUUCCGUCUAUAGUCGGACGACCGAUAAUCAGAGCUGUCAACAAGAUCGGCGACAUCGACGUGAAGCAAGAAUAUUGCGUUCGUGAUGUGCUUAACAUGCCUGACUUAAUGGUUGGCGAUGAAGCGAGUAAACUUCGUUCUAUGUUAGAGAUAAGUUACCCAAUGCAAAAUGGGAUUGUCAGAAACUGGGAAGACAUGUGUCACGUGUGGGACUACACGUUCGGCAAGGAGAAGAUGAACAUUAAUCCUAAGGAAUGUAAAAUUCUGUUAACCGAACCACCGAUGAAUCCCAUCACGAAUAGAGAAAAGAUGAUAGAGGUGAUGUUUGAGAAGUACGGUUUCGCUGGGACGUACAUCGCGAUUCAGGCAGUACUGACGUUAUACGCUCAGGGCUUGAUCAGCGGCGUCGUUGUGGAUUCCGGCGACGGUGUCACGCACAUUUGCCCCGUGUUCGAGGAGUACGCUCUGCCACAUUUGACCAGACGGUUGGAUAUAGCCGGACGCGAUAUUACGAUGUAUUUAAUUAAAUUGCUGCUGCUGCGCGGCUACGCGUUCAAUCACUCGGCCGAUUUUGAGACGGUACGAAUGUUGAAGGAGAAACUAUGUUACAUCGGUUACAACAUAGAAACCGAAGAGAAGUUGGCUCUUGAAACCACUGUAUUAGUAGAAUCCUAUACCCUUCCUGACGGGCGUGUGAUCAAAGUGGGCGGUGAGAGAUUUGCGGCACCGGAAGCGCUCUUUCAGCCUCAUUUGAUUAAUGUCGAGGCGCAGGGAAUAGCCGAGCUGGUAUUUAGCACAAUUCAAGCGGCUGAUAUCGAUAUCAGAAGCGAGCUAUACAAGCACAUCGUUCUGAGCGGCGGUAGUACAAUGUAUCCGGGGCUUCCAUCGAGGCUUGAACGAGAAAUGAAGCAGCUUUAUCUUCAAAGAGUAUUAAAGAAUGAUAUCACUAAAUUGAGUAAAUUUAAAAUAAAAAUUGAAGACUCACCUCGGCGUAAGGACAUGGUUUUCAUGGGUGGUGCUGUAUUAGCGGAAAUAACGAAAGACCGUGAUUCCGUGUGGAUAACGCGGGAGGAAUACGAAGAGAAGGGUCUUAGUGUAUUAAAGAAAUUAGGCUCUUACGAAUCAUAAGGAAAGUCAUAGUAAUGUAGGCUACGAAAUUUUUAAUGAGCAAUCGAGUGUUUUUUAUACCUAAAAAAAAAACGUCGUUCUUGAGAGUUAGACUUGCGCCGCAGUUUUAUGAUUUGUUAUGUAAUUGUAAAAAGGUACUUUAAGAGAAGUACUUUAAAAGACUUACUAGCUGUUUGAUACUCUAGUAAACUAAUGUACUCUUUGAUUAAACGUGAUAUAAUUUCAAAUAAGUACGGCAAAAGAUGAAGGAUUUCGAAGAAGGUACAGUCGAGUAUCAUGGUUCCAGUAAAAUAUUGAAUGUGAACAUUAAAUAUUAAUUUAAUAAAAUCGUGAUUUCGUCAUAUUUCGGAUAGUUUUCGAGUGAAAUACUUUCGUCAAUCAGGUAUGAAAACGAUGUUGCAUUUAAUGUGUAUUUAUAGCUCUCAGGUAAAUGUUCAACAUAUCGAUUAAGUUUUAUUGUUACUUACGUGAUACCUGAUGAAAAAACUUCAUUCCUAUUUCCUUGUAUUUGUCAUACUAUUCUCUAAAAAAAAGGUGUAAAUACAAUUGAAAUUGUAAAAACGAUUUCAUUCGAUGUGAAACACUAUCUGCCUUUCCAUUACGGUAAUAUGUAAAGAAAAAACCGCAAGCAUGAUCGGUGCGUGACUUUACAUUUAAAGUCCCUAUUUCAUAUGCAUACAUGUUAUGAAACAUGAAUUAUACGUAAUAUAAGUGAAAAUAGCCAUUAAUCUGUUGUUGAUUAAAAACUGUUUGAAAUUAAAUAGUUAGAUUUGUAUAUAUGGAAUGUUGAGAUAUUUACAACUUUUUCUUAUUAUAAGCAACAAUGCAUAGAAUCAUAGAAUGAAAACAUAAAAUUUUAAUUAUACGUGUAUCGCAAAAUAUUUUACAAUACAAUGAUUCCAAUUUGGUUCUCAUAUCAUACUUGUUUAUGUGCUCAUUAUUGUCACACUCACAUGCAGGUCUGCGAUCUUUUUAAUUUCAGUCAAUUAUUACCAUUAAUUAUACUUUAUAUAUAAGUAUACAUAUAUUAUAGUUAUUAUUUCACGCAACACAAAAAGUUUUAAGAUAUGCAUUUACUUUUGGAUAUUCUUUCGUAAGGUGUAUUGUACAGAUAAAUGUAAUUUUUUACAAUUAUUUUCUAUUUUUACUAAGUCAUAUUAUUACUUUCUAUAAGAAGAAAUAUUUGCUCCUCUUUAAAGAAUCAUAAUUGAAGAUCAUAAAUCGGACAUUUAUUAUGCGAGAUUUAAUAUUUUAAAAAGUUAUGCAAGAAUUGAAUUUUUUGUUAAAAUUACCUCGUAAAAUACAUAAAUUAAAAGAUUAUUUGAGGGAGAGAAUUUUGUACACUGUAUAUAUAAUUUCUUAUGUUUCGUUUAUUGACAGAAAUGAAUUUGUUUCACCUAUUUCAUGCUCACCUUCCUGUGCUCUUUUUGUACGAGAAUGUAUGAGAUGAAAGGUUUGACGAAUGGGCACGAUGUGGAAAUGAUUAUUUUAUAAUAAAUCUACAACAGUCUUUAUUACGUUUUUCCAUGUGACCUUUAUAUCGCAUAGCAAUGUACACGUUUUUAUGUCCGAAUAAAAAUAACAGUACAA